CGACACGCGUGCAGCUUUUGCACCUUCCACUUCAACUUGGUGGCUGACUGGUUUCCGCAGAGGUCCUCGACGUUCUCUCUUUCUUUCUCUCGCCGUCGUUUCUGCCCAGGCUCGCAAUCCUGCAAUCCAGCGUGCAUGCUGUCUUCGUUGGGACGAAAUGGCUUCGUAGAAAGUCUCGCCCUCACGAGAUAUCCACGGAGUUCGCCCAUUCUACGUCGCAGGCUGCGCCAUGCCAGCUUCUUCGUCGCAGUUGCUCCAGAUGCGCUUUCCCUGAAGGCAUCGAGCGCGUUCACCGCUUCCCACUUCGGCACUCGCUCGCUCUCUACCUCUACACCUCCCGAGACGACGAAUGCGAGCGAAAGCAAACCACAGCCUCCUCCGCCAGCAGCAGUAUUGCCGCUGAGGAAGCAUAAGGUGGAACUGAGGCCUGGUCCUGUGAAGCCUGCGAAGCUUACACCACAACCUCCUACAUCUCCCAAGCCUUCCACGGCCUCGUCACCAAAUGUCGCUUCUGAACCUUCAUCUUCAAAGAAAGAGUCUAUAGUCGAAGCAACCAAGCACGAUUUGGUAGAUGCAUCGCAGCACGGGAUUCUGGCGCCUCCUCCCGCGGGUGCAUCUUGGGCUGGGUCACUUUGGCAUCAGGCAAAGGAGCUUUUCAAAUUCUACUGGAGGGGUAUCAAAUUGAUCUGGCACAAUCUCUCUCGUGCACGCUUGAUCGAACAGAGGGCGUUGGCUGGUGGUGCUCCCGUUUCAAGAUGGGAGCUCAGGUUUAUUAGAACGAGUCACAGAGACACCAUGAAGUUGGUUCCAUUCCUUUUCUUGAUCAUUGUUAUCGAGGAGAUUAUUCCGCUGGUUGUGCUCUAUGCUCCAUCCGUCCUCCCUUCUACAUGUUUGCUCCCUUCCCAAAGGGAGCGCAUCGUCACGAAGAAGCGUCAGAAGCAGGCUUCGUACGCAAUCGUCCAAAGGCCCCUUUAUGAGCAGCUCCGUCAGCGUCUGAUCGCCAAUCCUGGCGCUCCUGUCAAUGCAUUGCUUGACAGCGCGGCCCUCACUGCCGUCAAUGGUCUCCUGUCGUUAUCGACAGUCGGCCCCAGCGCCCUGCUUUUCCGUCGACUACAGAAGCAUCUGGCGAUGAUCGCCGACGAUGACGCCUUGUUGAAGCGCGAGGCUUCAGGCUCAAUGUUGUCGCAGGAGGAGUUGCGUGAGGCUCUGGAAGAGCGAGGAAUUAGAGUUACGGAGGGUCUUGCUCCCAGCGUGUGGCAGUCGCGGCUGCAGUGGUGGCUGAAGAACGUUGACGGCGUCGAUGAACAGCAAGCGCUUCUCUGUCGCGUGCUGCUCGUCGCUAGUAGUGGUGCGGGCAAGUUCUGAGCGACUGUCUCAUUGCAUGCGUCGUUAUGUUAGGGAUGUCUACACCGAGUUGAGUCCCUUACUAUACAGAUUAGGGGGU